GCUCCCCCGCCCCAGAGCUGCUCCCUCUGCCCCACGGGAUGGACUGCGGCGUGAUCACCUCUAAGACCGUGCUGCUGCUGCUGAGCCUCGCCUUCUGGGCAGCAGCAGCAGGUCUCAGCUAUGUUGGGGGAUAUGUCAUUAACACCUACAAGAGUUAUGACAACUUUCUGCAGGACAAGUAUGCUCUGUUGCCAGCCGUGAUCAUUAUUUGUGUUGCUGUGGUAAUGUUCAUCAUCGGGUUGAUUGGCUGCUGUGCCACCUUCCGGGAGUCUCGAGUUGGCCUAGGGCUGUUCUUGGCCAUUAUCCUGGUUAUCUUUAUUGCAGAAGUAUCCGCUUUUGUCCUGGGAUUUGUUUAUAGGGAAAAGGUAAAAACUGACGUGCAAGGCACGAUGCGCUCAGUCUUUGAGAAGUAUGAUGGGAAAAAUCCAGAGUCUACUGUUGUGGAUUACUUGCAAGAACAGCUUCAUUGUUGCGGGGUAAAGAACUACAGUGACUGGACAACCACACAGUGGUUUAAUUCCACCGGUAACAGCAGCGUCCCCCUGAGCUGCUGCAGGCAAGAUAUGAAGAACUGCACAGGGCGUCUGGAUCAGCCACAGGAACUCAACACGCGGGGCUGCGCAGAGGAGCUGGAGGCUGGGCUGCAGAGCGUUAUCAGCUAUGCUAUGCUUGUAAUCCUGGGGUUUGCCAUUGUAAAGUUCUUCGGCAUGCUGAGUGUCUGUGUGCUUACAUGCAAGAAAGAAGACAGUGGAUAUCAGCCUCUUUACUCAGGGGUGUUUGCUUAAUAAAAUGCAAAUAUCACUUUUCUUUUGCUUCUUGAUGAUAAAAUAGAUUUGUAAAGAUGAACGCUAAAGGACAACUUAUGACCUUCUUGCUAAAUAUUUUAUGUACCUGAAACAGAAAGAAUAUUGUGUAUUGAUUUGGGAAAGUUUCUUGGGGGUGACAUGAAAUGGCAAUUUCAAUAUUCAGUGCCCUACAGUAAUGUACCCUGAUCUUGCAUACCACAGCUUUCUGUAAGGUUAUUGUAGAUUUGAAUUUGUGACUUUAGAUAGCACCAGAUGGUGUAAUAGACUCCAUAAAGAAUCUUCUGCAGUUCUUUUCUCUACCCUUAAAACAUGCAGAAGAAAUGUUAUUUUUUUAAUCACUAAACUGAUUGAGGCCACAGGAGAGGUUUCAGUUGUCUGCACAAACAUCAGAUGACUCCCAUGGCGUGGUUAAACAGCAAAAGAAACUUUUGAAUGCCAAGUUCAAAUAUUCUUCAUAAGCAUGGGGAGUUAGAAUAUGUUUUCUCUAGAGCUGAUGGUGUUUCUGGUUUGUUGGAUUUUUUUUUUCCCCCCUCCUUAUGGUCAUAUGUUGUACUUCAGUUUAGUGCAGAGGUUGUUAGUGCAGGACAACCCCAUGUUAAAGUCUGGAACAGAAAUUUGAGUUGUUUUUUGAAGCAGCUAGCAAAUGUGAACAGUCCCAGGUUAGGAGGGGACGUGUGUUUGGAGCUUUUGGGCUCGGGAUAUCUCUCUUUGGCUUGGUUGGUUUUUUUUAAAUUAUUAUUAUUUGACAUUAAAAAUUGCUUAUGAAGCAGGGCUUUUGAAAUUUUUUUCUCCUUUUAUGAAUGUUUUUAUGGUUUGUCUAAAAGACAGACUAUGUCUCUCCGUUUAAUGUAGAAGUUGUGAGAGUUAGUGAGACGAAUACAGGCUGGAAGAUGGGACUCAGAGGAGACCUUGGCUUGGUGUGGUUGUGUAGACAGGACUGCCGGAGGGGUUAGCGCGGCCGUCCCUGCGCUGCUGAAGGUCUGACCGCUUUUCACCGCUAAAAACUGUUAAGAUGAUGCAUUCUUGUACCGGAGCAAUUUCAAUAACCUAUUGUCUGGCGGCAUCACGCGACUCCUUGUUUGCUAGUUUUCCUUUAGCUUUAAAGGUCCGCUGAAUGCAGUCACUUCUUGGAUUGCAUCACUGCUUUAAAAAUGUUCCUUCCUUAACACAUUUGUAUGUUAAUCUGUUUCUCAAGUUCUUCAGGGUUUUUUGGUUGUUUUUAGA